AUGCUCUACACAUUCAUACUUUGGGCGGUUAUUGGUGGAAUACUUCUUCUCGUCGUCCUUGUGAGGCUAUUUCGACCCCAUCGGAGGACCUCUGGAGCAGGAAAUGAUGGAAGGAACAAGCAAAGUUUCUUCUAUCGAAUUUGGAGAUCUUUGGCUUCUGGAACCCGGCGAUAUCUCCUCCCUGAGGCCCUACCAGGCUUCUUUCCCAACACAACGAGACUACAAAUUCUGAUAUUAGCAAUACUCUGCGUUUAUCUCACGAUAUUCUCGUUCGUGGGCAUUGUCUACAAGACAUGGGUUACUCCUGUCAAAAAUAGCACCAAGUUCAACACCAGAACCGGACUUGGGGGCUUCAGUGACCGUGUUGGCGCCAUGGCGUACGCACUCACGCCUCUCACAAUUGCCCUAUCCACUCGAGACUCCAUUCUCAGUCUUUUGACUGGAGUACCGUAUCAGCACUUUAAUUUCUUGCAUCGGUGGAUUGGACGUAUCAUUCUUAUCCAGUCUUUCAUUCACACCAUUGGCUGGACUAUCAUAGAAGGGAGGCUCUAUCAACCGCAACCAAAGGUCUACAACAACUUUAUUAAACAAACAUAUAUGGUGUGGGGUAUUGUGGCGCAGGGCUUCAUCACCUUCCUCUGGCUUUUCAGCACGAGAAGAGUGAUUCGAUGGACUGGGUACGAAUUCUUUCGAAAAUCCCAUUUCGUGGUCGCUGGGCUAUAUUUAGGGGCCUGCUGGGGUCAUUGGUCCCGACUGGCGUGCUGGAUGAUCGCCUCUCUUGGACUUCUUGGCAUCGACUUAGGGCUUCGGAUUUUACGAAUGUGUCUGAUACAUCUUGGAUACAAGGAUGGUAACAGUGGCCUAGGAUUCCGCACUGUCCAAUCCAGGGUCGACGUAUUCAAGGACCCCAGUGGAACUAUUCUCCGCCUUUCUUUUACGCAUAAUCAUGAGCCUUGGAAGCUUGGCCAACACUACUAUCUCACAUUUCCAUCUCUGAGUAUCUGGCAGUCUCAUCCGUUUACGCCUGCAUCGGUACCUCCAACCGCUCUCGUGCCACCAACACAUACCUACAUCAUCAGAGCGCGUAGCGGCGAAACGGGAAAGCUUGCUGCGUUAGCUGAAGCCAGCUGCAGGGAGGACGAAAAUUCCUUCCAGACGCCUGUUAUCCUAGUUGGUCCAUAUGGAUGCUCAGUUGUCGACAAUGAAGUCUCGAAUAUUCUUGCCAUUGCUGGUGGAACCGGCAUCUCAUUCACGCUUCCCAUUAUUAGGGCCGUACUCGCGGACCCAUCUUCCCAUGCUCAGAAUAUUGAAAUGGUCUGGGUGGUUCGGCACGUUGAGAAUCUCACUUGGAUUGCGUCGGAGCUCUUAACUCUGAAAUCCCAGCUUGGACUACCGCCAUCUACCACUCAGGAUUCGGAUGGUGACAUCAAAGAGAUAAGAAAUGUUUCUCACCAUGUAGUACACUCUACGAAACACUUCCGGAUCCGGAUCUUCGUUACGCGCUCUUCAAAAACUGCAACGCCGCCAGCCCAAGAAAAAGAUAUGGAUAUCUCGUCAACAUCAUCCGUAGCCUCGGCAACUGGCCAUUAUCACGAACCCCGAGAAUUGCUAAAACCGCACCCCAUGUUCAGCAUCUCGUAUCUUAACCAUGAGCGCCCUUCGAUAUCUUCAGUUAUUCAUAAAUUCAUCGACCAAACUGUCUCAGAGGGCCGGACACAAGUCGUGGCUUCCGGACCCCCAGACCUUGGAACCGAUGUUCGCGCUGCGGUUGCAGCGAGGAACUCGGUAGGGGGAGUCUGGAGGGGAGAUGAAAGAGCUGAUGUUGAGUGUGUGUGGGAUGAUCGGAUGGGUUAA